UUUCAAAUUUAAAUACACUGAGCUGGAUCGUACGUAUCGUAUCGUGUCUGUCGUGUCGUGCGCCCGUCAUUUUAAUGACGUUCUUUUUUAAGUUAACGAGAGAAAAGUAAUAGGUUUUAAUUUUAGUACACAAAUACGAAAAUGGACUUCUUUCAAGUGAAAGUGUAUAAAAGAUGGGUUACCACGGGAUUUCUUUUGGUGUUCUUUUUGAGUAAAAGUGCAGAAGCAUGGAAAGCGAACUACGAUGUGGAGUCCGUCUCGUCUGGUCGCCUGCCCUCACACAUCAUGACCUUGGAACGUCAGCGGAGGGACAUCCUCCCCAUGGACAUCCCCACCACCCCCACGACGGGAGCCCCCGCGUCGGUACCCACGGGGAACCCGGUGGUUGCAUCCUCAACCACGGUCGAUGAUAGCAAUAGGACGAACAAGAAUUUUACAGCAGUGCCCACACCCGCUGUCACGGAGAUUCCCCUGCUCGGCGUCAACGGCUCCGGUAUACUGAAGGUGGACCUGUCCAACGUUACCAAAGUCAGCGAUCCUAUCAUGCCUGAUGAUGGAAUCAAUGUUACGGAGAUAUUGACGGAGACGCCGGAAAUGAUAAAGGCUGAACAUAAUCUGACAGCUCUGACUUAUGACGACCACGACUUCUACAACAGCUCGUUCAUCGGCAACGUGUCUUAUUUCAACGAGCAUUGGAACAACAUCACCGCAUCCAAAGCGACCGUACACAACAUACUGAGCCAUUCACACAGACGCGCUGCGUCUAUAAAUCUCAGUUUCCCAUUCCCUUUCUACGGUCACAACAUAACGAACAUCACAAUGGCGACCGGCGGCUUCAUUUACACCGGCGACCACGUGCACAAUUGGUUGGCGGCCACGCAGUACAUAGCGCCGCUGAUGGCCAACUUCGACACGACCAUCAGCAAUGACAGCGUGGUGUCUUACAGCGAUGACGGCGAGAAAUUCACCGCUUUCUGGCACAACGUGGCACUACAAGAGAACUCCACGUCAAGUUUCACAUUCGCGUGUACACUGUACAAGAACGGUGACAUUGUGUUCGCUUACAAGAUUGUGCCGAUGAGAAUCCAGGACAUCAACGAGACAUUCCACCCUGUCAAGGUGGGCAUCAGCGACGCUUACAUCACGGACAAGAUCGUUUUCUAUGUCCGACGCAAAACGAUCUACGAGUACCACCGUGCCAGUUUCAAGAAUCACGACAUCGCCAACAAUACUAUAUUGAGAUUGGAAGCUUUGCCGACUUGCACUCAAUACGACACUUGCGAUGGUUGCAUCAACCACAACACCGCUUUCAAUUGCACGUGGUGUAACAGCAUACGCAAGUGUUCCAGCGGCACUGACAAGAACAAACAAGACUGGAUGCUGAGGAGUUGCGACAGGCGUGCCGUGACAAACGUGACGAUGUGUCCCGCUAAGACUUCAGCGUCGGAGAACAACUCUAGCACGGCCUACGUGACAAUAGGCCAGGGGCAGCCGUACCACGACCCAGUUUUACAUGCAUACGACGCACCCCAAUCCAGUCAGCCCAGACAGCCUCAGGCCGGUCAGUCAGCGUCGGAUUUGAACCCGUCACCUUCCUCCACGCAGUCGUCGUCAGUGGGCGGCGUGGUGGCCGCAUUCGUCUGCAUAGCCCUGGUCCUGGGUCUCGCCGGCUGGACAUUGUACGCGUUCAGGAACCCCACCACUAGGAGUGGACAGUUCCUCAUCAAGUACCGACCUACACAAUGGAAUUGGCGACGCGGUGAAGCCCGCUACACGGCCGCCACUAUACACAUGUAACGCUCGAGCACAGUCUGCCAACGGACCAGUCUACAAACAGACAGACAUGAUGACCAUACAUUGUGGAAUGAUAUAAAACUGUAGCAAUGGUAAGUGCUGGCUAAAACGCGUUUCAAUUCUGUUUAUCGACAGCGCCAUCUAACUGUUUCCUCAGAAGUGGAAGCGCAACGGUGUGUGUUGACCGCUUUGUAGUCCCGCCGAUUCGCGCUAGAUGGCAUUGUUAAGAUUUACCGAUAAGCACUUGUGCGUUACCGAUUCCGUUUCUUUUAUUUUCUAUUUUAAACUUAAAUUUUCAAGCAGUUGAUAUUUUUAGACAAUUUUAGACUUAGCUUUAUAAAGAUAGUUGCAAGAUGACGACACCAAAUUCCCAUAGUAUCCAAGUAAAAUAUGACAUUUGUAUUGAUUUAUAUCAUUCUCGAUUUUAUGGUCUAUAUAUAGUUAAGUAAUGUGCAUCUUAAAGAGUGAGAUUUGAACAUCUUAUGGCCAACAACUUCGAUAAGUUUCCUUGAAAAUAUACACCAUAUUUUAUUAAAAAAAUUGUUUGAUAAAAAAUAAAAUAUUUUGAUUGUUUGCGAAAAGAUUGUCCGAGGACUUAAUCUCUUGAAACUUAUUAUACUUAAUUGACUUUCGCAUUAAACGUAAAAGUCAGAACGAUUUUCAACUUAAAAUUAUUAAUAUUUUUUUGUAGUCAGUAAAAGGUUUUUUUUUCGUGUUUUUGAUUAAAAAAGUUAUUUUAGAUAUAGUAAUAAAAAAUACAUCUUAAUGUGAAAUCGUUUGAUUUUACGUUUAGUGGAACUCAACUUUAGGGCAAUUUGCACGGAUUGGACACAAGUUAUUCACUUCGGUAUGUCGUAACGAAUAAGGAAAUUGUAAUGAUAUGAACUUUAGAUAUAAGCAAUGAAUUUUUUGGAGGUUAUCAUGACUGAAGAUUGAGAGUUGAGAACUUUUACUUAAAUACCUUUAUCCACUCUGAUGUACAAGUCAAGUUAUAGUCCCUGCUAAUAUUAAAUAUGUUAAAUCAACUCUGUCUGUCUGUUACGCUUUCACGCUUAAACCACUGAACCGAUUUUGAUGAAAUUUUGUGCAGAGAUAGUGUUGACCUUGAGGAAAACAUAAAUGUGAAAAGGUGUUAAAGGUGUCUGAUCCUGGUAAAGGGUCAGGUCAAAAGUACCCGAAACCGCCGAGCUUGUAUGAAGAGAGUUAUGAAUGUGGACGAAGCGAAAGAAGUAUGCAGAGAUCGUGGCAAGUGGAAAGAGGUAGUCUCUGCCUACCCCUCCGGGAAAGAGGCGUGAUUUUAUGUAUGUAUGUAUGUGAAAAGGUGUUAAACGAGGGGAAGGAAGACUAUCAGUGAGUAAAUUUUAGCUUCCAAAUCUUGACAGUACUUAGUCGGGUUCUCAGGAAACAGUUACCCAAGAGUUUGAAUUCCUAUCCCGAGAGUAUUAUAAGAUUAUAAGAUAUUUAAGUAUUUAAUCGAGAUUUGUACUAAGAGAGAAAAAAGAUGGAGGAACUAAUUAUUCCCAUUAAAUAAUUUACAAUGUUGACUUAAGCAAACUCAUGAUAGGACAGUACAAAGUAAAAUAACUAAAUGCAAGAUUAUCAGAAUAUUACGAAUUAUCGAGAAAUAAUUCCAAGUCUCCAUUUGUUACGAAAUACCGAUGUGUGUAAUUACAUUAUCAUAUGUCAUCAAUGUAAACGUUCUUAAAAUAUUUUAUAAGUAGUAUUUUGUAAAUGAAUUAUUGAAAAUAUAAAAUCAUUGCAAUUAUAUUUAGAAAAUCGUAAAUAUUUUAAAAAUGUGUUUUAAAAGAAAAAAUAUAUUGAAAAUCUAAAAUAAAAGAGUCUAUAUGUAUACACAUAAAUAUAAACAUUUACAUUUUUUGUAAUGUAAGAACAUCUACAUAAUAGCUAAAUUAAAUGCUUCAAAUCAAAUACACAAUUCGCACGAAUUGACUGAAAAAAAAAUAAAAACAAGAAAAAAAAACAAAAAAUUUUUGGAAGUUAAUUUUAUUGAUCCACAAAGUUAGUUCGGAAAUGUCCAUCAGUCCAUGGAUAAGGCAUUUUACAUAGAUUUUCUUAGAUUCUUGGCUUGUGAUAUAGUUAUACCAAUUUACUAAACCAAUCUUUUAGGAAAUCCAAUCAUAUCAUGUUAUUGUGAGCUCUUUUUGAGCCAAUAUCGAGUAUUUUUCUAAAGUUUUAACUGACGGCUACUGUCAUCAAAUUCUUAAUAGAUUUAGCUGUUGCUGAUUUCUGAAGUUUUUAUAUCGUUUAAUAUAUCUAUCACUUUAAUAACGCUCAAGGUCUUGACAAUGUCUUUUGUCUCAUUUUAAAUCUGAGAUUUACCGAAGAAAUAGAGUGAGAGCAAAAAAUAUGAUUUAUCAACAUUCCUGAAUAGAUCUACUUGUUCAAAAAUAUAAUGGGUAUAUUUCAAUCAGUUGUGGUUUUUGUCUAGUAUAACAUUGUAAUUUUCGAUAAUUGUUUUUAUAUAAUAAUAAUAACUACAAGAAAUGAUAGUAGCUGUUGUGUAAACUUUUACUUUAUAAAGAUCAUGAUUGAAAGAGGAAUAAAUGUUCCCUUUUUUAUACUUGUGGGUUGUCAUUUGACGCUCAAUUUAUUUCGACCAAUUUUAAUGAAUGCAUUUCACAUUGUGUGCAGUGUGUUGGACAAAGAAGUAUGUAGACAGUUUUGUUUAGAAUAUUAUUAACUUGUGUUACAGUAAUAUGUGCAUAUCAUCUGCGUAUGCGCAGGCGAUUUUGCAACAUAAAUUAUAAAUUAUUUCAGUAGAUAUUUAAGUGUUUGCAAAUAGUUCGUCAAAUACAACGGUCUGUUUUUACAUACAUACAUGCAUAAAAUCACGCCUUCUACCCGGAGGAGUAGGCAGAGACCUGUUUUCGGUCGGUAUGUCGCAGUGAUAAAUAAGUUAAUACUAUAUUAUUCGUAUAAAAUGGUCCAUUAAAUAUAUUAUGAAUUAUAUUCCAAUGUACAAAUAUAAAGUCGGGUUUACCUAUAUUAUUAUUGUUCUUGUGAACCAAGCUUUCCGAGUUCAAUCCCCGUUCAGGUCACGACACAAAAACUUAUUAUCUGAUUGGCCUUAAUAUUUUAAUGAUGAAUAAACAUAUGUACAGAAUCGUCGAGACAGUAUCUCGUAACACAAGUCUCUUAACUUUGAGGCUAACACGACCUGUGUGAUUUUUACGGCACAUAUAUAUAAUUUUUGUUUUAUAAAAACUGUCUAUAUAAUUCGUUGUUCGUUUGUAAGUUUAAGAUGUAGACAUCUGGGCGUUGUGCAGACUGCAGUGUAGGUAACUAGUGCCUUGGGUUCCGUAGGACAGAUAUCCGUCCCGCGUUAUUAGUUAAGAUAAUGUGAGUCCUCGUGGGUCGUACGCACGUUGAUAGGUAGGUAUAUACAUUUUAGUGGAAAAAUGUUUUUUUUUUCUUUUUUUAUUAAGUUUACUUUAUAAAUUCAACGUUUAAUUUAACAGCUAUUGAAAUUUAUAACACAUUGGAUGGAUCUGAAUUUUUUUUUAUUGUUUUAAAAAAAUGUGAGUUAAUUUGCCUUUGACAAUUGCUUUCCAAGAAAUUCUGAAGCGAAUAAAUAAAUAAACAAACCAGCUUAAGUGUACAAAUAUUAUUUUUCAAAAUUUGAUAGAUUCAAAUUAAGAUAAAGGGAAAUAUUUAAAAAUUAUUAUUAAUAUGUUUAAAAAGGAAUAUGAUUCCAUCAGAUGUGUCCACUACGUACGACUCUUAAAAUAAUAAUGAUGUAUACAACAGCCUGAUCUGUUAGAUUAUAAGAUGUUUUCUAUGCAAAUGAUACUGAUUAUAUACUAUUAUAAUUCUAAGAUUUACACGAUUAUGAUAUCAAAAAUUUUAAAUGUACAGUUAGGUGCAUAUUAAUCUGACUUAUCCUGAAUCUUUUUAUCUGCACCCGAGUGUACAUUAUGCCUAGUUCACAUUAUUCCAGUUUGACGAUAGAAUGGCAAGUUUUUGUUAAUUUAUAAUUAUUUAAUGUAGCCGCGUAAUAAUAUUUAUUUAGCACAAGUUUUCAAAAACAAUACCUCUUGGGAAUCCUACAAUAAUUCUUGGGAAUCCUAUUUAGGAAACAGAUAUGUUAUGGGCAUUUUAUUUUAAUUAAUUAUUAUAAUUAACAGAACAGAAUCAACCGGAUAAAAAAAUUGUAUACUUAUUACAAAUUUUGGUAAAUUAUAUGAAUAAAUAUCAAUAAUUAUAUUAACAUCUCACUUGCAUUGUGUUGCUGUUAAUCUGUCAUGAAGAUUCUCCUAAAAAGAGCGAACUGGAAUAAUGUAGACUAAACGAAUUUCAAUUAUACGGAAUCUCUACCAGAAUAAAAUGUCAAUUAUAACAAUAAUGUUAAGAUUCAUUUUUAAUUUUUAUUGGUCUAUUAAAAGACAAUUAUUAAUGUUAAAGUUGUCUUACGGAACUCCGAAAAAUCAUUCGAAUUUGAGUGUACUAAGUGCACGGCUGACCAAAUUUUUUUAAUUCUACUGUACUUUAUUUGGAUUAAUUUAGUUAUUUUAUAUGUGAAGUAGUGAUAUUAUGAAAUAAAAGUAUAUAUAUAUAUAUAUUUUAAUUGUCAUAGUUUAUUAUGUAAUUCGAUUUUGGGAUUUUUAUGAUGUAGGUACUUACUACAAAUCGACCAUUGGUACCGUAAUUUUUUACACCAAAGAUGUACCAAUAUUCGAUCGUGGCAUCUACGUACCCACCACAGAAAAAGAUAUAUUCAUCAAUGUGGAUUACAGAAUUAAUCGUAAAGUGUAAAUGAUAUUUUUAGGAACCAGGUCGACCAAUAAAUUGUGCCGUUGAAAUAAAA